AUGCAUCCAAAACUUGACACUAAACGUUUAUCAAUCGAUGAGAUUGAUGUUCCAUUUCCAUUGACAGAUCAGCUGGAUUCAGUAAUAGCCCGCUAUACAAAGAAGAUCAAUGGAAAACUCCCUAAUAGCUUUAUUCUCUAUCGAAAAGCAUUUAAUAACGAAUUGAGUUCCAAUGGAUACUAUCUUCAGGCCAAAGAAGUUUCUUCAAUUGCUUCUAAAAAGUGGAAAGCUAAAUCAAAUUUGGUAAAAGAAGAAUAUCAAAAGGUUGCUAAACGAAUUUCCAAAAUGGUUGAAGAAAUUGAGCCAAAUAGAACUAUUAGUUAUAAACGUAAUAAAAAAAGCAAUCGCCGCAAUAAACGUCCUGAAAGAGUUCAAAAAUUUCCUAUAAGCCUCGAUACUAGCAUCAUCAACUCAGAUUCUGAAGAAAGUAACCCCACAACACCGUAUUAUUGUCUUCAACAAAACCAAAGCAAUACUUUUCAUGGAUCGCAAUUACUUCUGAAAAAUCAAUCUGAAUAUUUUCCCCAAAUCUUCAAUUUCGAUACAGAGGCCGAACUUUAUUCCUCGAGCUCUUUCGUGACUAGGACAUUGACUCACACGGAACAAACUGACGAUUCUUUUACUGAGCUUUUGCUUUCACUCAUGAAUUGGGAGUCGGAAGAGUAUUUCAUAAAUUUUCCAGCAACUAACCAUGAUAUUCAAUACGACUCUUCAUCUGGAUAUUACUGA